GGUGUCCCCAUCACUCCCUAUGACCGUUGUCCCGCAGGCCAUGGAGCAGACCCAGCUGCUGGAGUGGGAGGAGGACGGGGACCCCCCCGAGGGAGAAGCCGACAGGGAAGCGCCUCAGCCCGUGGGGCGGCUGCACCUGCUCAGCAGCAAAUAUGGGCCGGAGCAAGAUUUCUGGAUCUACCCCGGGGAGAACGUGGUGGGGCGGCUGCCAAGCUGCAGGGUCUGCUUGCCGGCCCCCUCGGUCUCCAAGGCCCAUGCGGUGAUUGAGGUCCCGGCGCAGGGCGGGCCCCACCUGCUCUAUGACCAGGGCAGCCUGAACCGGACCCGGCGCCAGCGAGGCGUCCUGCUGCCCCACGUCCGCUACAGCCUGGAGGAUGGAGACAUGCUCAUGUUCGGAGACGUGGGCUGCCAGUACUUCCUGCUGCCGCCGGGGAGCGCCGACCCCGAGGACUCUCUGGAGGUGCCGCCCACCCAGCCCCGGGCCCCCAACACCCUGGCCAUCGAGGAGACCCCCGCACCCAGCAAGAGGAUGGGCUACGGGCCCCUGCUGGCCAGGGACUCUGAGGAUGAGGAGGAGCUGCAGGGCGGAGGAAGGCUCCUGCACCUGCCAGGGAGCAAUGGCUCCGCUGCCUCCUCUGACGCUGGCGUCCGUUCCGACGCAGCCUUCUCCUCCCCGGGCGCAACCGUGGUGCCGGAAAGGUACGAUACAGAUGUGGAGGGGGCUGGUGUGAAUCGAGAUGUGGGUCCAAAGAGCCAUCAGCCCAGCUUUGAGGUGGACAGUGAUACAGAUGUGGAGGAGGAGGUGGCGGCGGCAAAUAAUCCAGAUCUGCAGAAGAACCAUCGAUAUACUCUCCCUAGGGGCAGCGCGGCAGAUGUGGAAGGGGGAGUGGAGAAUCCAGAUGAUGUGCAUCCUGAGAGCCAUCACUCUGCCAAAAAUGAGGAGAGUGAUACAGAUGUGGAGGAGGUUGCAGAGAAUCCAGAUGUUGUACAGAAGAGCCAUCAGCCCGCCGUUGAGGUGGGCAGUGAUACAGAUGUGGAGGAGGUUGCAGAGAAUCCAGAUGUUGUACAGAAGAGCCAUCAGCCCGCCGUUGAGGUGGGCAGUGAUACAGAUGUGGAGGAGGUUGCAGAGAAUCCAGAUGUUGUACAGAAGAGCCAUCAGCCCGCCGUUGAGGUGGGCAGUGAUACAGAUGUGGAGGAGGUUGCAGAGAAUCCAGAUGUUGUACAGAAGAGCCAUCAGCCCGCCGUUGAGGUGGGCAGUGAUACAGAUGUGGAGGAGGAGACUCCAGUGGUGGUACAGAAGAACCAUCAACUUGUUUUCCCAGGGGGCGGAGAUGCAGAUGUGGCGUGGGUGGUGGGAAAACCAAAUGUGCGACAAACAAACAAUGAGCUUGCUGCCUGUGAGGACAGUGAUACAGAUGUGGAGGAAUCUGAUAGAAAUCCAGAUGUUGUCACUUCAAAGAGUCAUUCUCUUGCUGUUGACGUGGGCAGUGAUACAGAUGUGGAGGAGACUGGGAAUCCAGAUGUGGGUACAAAGAGCCAUCCACUCGCUAUUGAUGUGGGUAGUGAUACCGAUGUGGAGGAAGAGGAGGCAACGAAUCCAGAUGUUGCAAUGAAGAACUAUCAACAUGCUCUCCCUGGAGACAGAGAUCCAGAUGUGACGGGGACAGUGGGGAAACCAGAUGUGCAUCCUAAGGGCCAUCAUUUUGCAGAAAAUGAGGACAGCAAUACAGGUGUGGAGGAGUCUGGGGGGAAUCCAGAUGUUGGACAGAGGAGCCAUCAGCCCACUGUGGAGGCAGGUGACGAUACAGAUGUGGAAGAGGCCGAGGAGAAAUCAGAUGUUGGAAAACAAAAUGACCCUCUGCCUGUCGCCACUGGGGACAGCGAUACAGAUGUGGAGGAGAAUCCAGAUGUUGGCCAACAGACUCUCCACUGGCCCAGUGGAGACAGCGACACAGAUGUGGAGGGGGCUCCUGGGGCAGAGUUCGACCAGACGCCAGGUCCUGUGGGGGGCCCAGUCCAGGCAGGUGGGGAGCAGCCACCAGCUCCCCAGUCCCAUGUCAGCCCAGAGACCAAGUUGAUGGACACGGAGGGGAACAAGGAUCCAGCGUGGGGCCCAGGCCAGCCUGGAGACGACAGCGAGACGGACGUGGAGGAUGACGCUGAUUUUGCCCUGCAGGCCACGCAGUGCUACCUGGUUGAGGAGACCCCGUCCUUAGGGGCUGAAGCCGCCAGAGCCCCCACGGCAGCAGAUUCGGGGAGCGGCCUAGAGGAGGAAGCCACCCAGACAUUUGUCUUCAGAUCGCCCCUACCUGCACAAGGGUCCGUGAUGUCGCCCCCUGCUGGACCAGGCCUGCAUGUGCCAGUCUGUACCUCUUCAGAAAAGGAGGAAGACUCGGACGAGGAUCUGUGUGUUGUGGAAGCGACUCAGUCGUUCUGCAAGGACCUCGGGCUCCACUUGGACCAGCCCACCCAGCCCUUCCUCCCUGAGGACACCCAGCUGCUGCCGCAUCCCCCGCCACCAGGGGGAGUCCUAUCUCAGGGGCCGGCCCAGCCCGUAGUACCCGGCCUGGCCUCUGGGGGGCUGCUGCCCCUCGGCCCCAAGGAGGAGUCAGAGCCCCCUGGCGGGGCACUGCCAGCAGGGGGCGCCAGGAGGGAGCCACCGGAGGAGGAAUCCCAGCCUGUGUGUCUAGUGCUGGGCGCUCCCCGCAGGCCAGUCCUGGUACUGCAGGGCGAGGGCAGGCGGGCAGGAGCAGAGCCCAGGGGCAGCCGCUCUGGGCAGCGCCUGAGAGGGCAGGGUGGCCCGGAGGCUGCGGAGAGACAGGAGACCCCAGCAGCUGUUGGGGUCACGGGGGCUGGGCCCCACCCCAUGGUGGCACGGCUUGAGGAUGCUGGGAAGGUCCCAGAGGCUCAUUCCAGUCCCUCCACGCCCGUGAGGCGCCGGAGCCUGCGAUCUGCUCCGGUUCCCGCUCCCCCACCACCAGCCCCUGCCCUGGAGAGACGGAGCCAGCGGGGUGGGGCAGAGAAAUCCGUGGGGUCCGGAGAACCCAGCCAGCCUGCCCCGGCUGCCCCCCAGCGUAGGGGGAGGCGCCAGCUUUGCAGCCCGUCUGUGUACAUGGAGGCACCGGAGCCGGGGAGUGUCCAGGAGGUGGAGCAGCCCGGCCCUGUGAAGAGGCCCAGGAGGGCUGUGCGGACUCAGGAGGACCCCCCCACAGAGCCAGAGGCCUCGAGCCAGGGGGCUCCAGGCCGGGCCCGGAGAUCUCGGGGGGCUGCAGGCGCGGAACCGGCCCCAGCCGAUGAGCCCCGGAGGGGAUCGCGGGGAGCAGAGCCAGAGGUGUUGCAGGGCCGAGCCCGGCAGUCCCAGAGAGCCUCUGUCCAGGAGCCGGCCCCCAGGAGGAGGGGUGCUGCAGAGCCAGCCAGGGAGGCCCAAGGCAAGCGGAGAGGGGUGGCCACCCCGGAUCCGCCUCCGGCACAGGGCGAGGGACGAGCGGGCAGUGCUGCAGCCCAAGAGGAUGCUGGGAGUGACGCCAGAAAGAGGCAGGAGGUGCCGGUCCCCCCAUUGCGGCGCCAGAGCACGGAGAACAAGGUGGAGGGGCUGCGGGCCAGGGCCCCUCGCCGAUCCCAGGGGGCAGCCGGUGGCACGGCCUCCCCCAGGGUGCUGUUCACAGGGGUGAUCGACGAGGCGGGCGAGCGGGUGGUCUCGGCGCUGGGCGGGGCGCUGGCCCGGUCGGUCUUCGACUGCACCCACCUGGUGACGGACCGGGUGCGCCGCACGGUGAAGUUCCUGUGCGCCCUGGCCCGCGGGGUGCCCAUCGUCACGCUGGACUGGCUGGACAAGAGCGGGCGCAGCGCCUGCUUCCUGUCACCCGGCAGCUUCCUGGUGCGGGACGCGGAGCAGGAGCGAAACUUCCACUUCAGCCUGGCCCAGUCGCUGCAGCGAGCGCGCAGGGGGCCCCUGCUGCAGGGCUACGAGAUCCACGUCACCCCCAACGUCAAGCCGGAGCCCGAGCACAUGAAGGACAUUAUCCAAUGCAGCGGGGGGGUCUUCCUGCCCCACAUGCCUCGGACGUACAAGGUGAGGGGGGAGUGAGGGGCGCGGGCAGAGCUGGGAGCGGGGCUGCAGGGUGGGAGUG